CGUGACGUUAGCGGCGCACGCGCGCUCCUCUCCCCGCCCUUUCUUCCGUCUCUCCUUCUCUCUUUCUGUGGCCGUCGCACGAAACCGCCGCCUUCCGGCGCAACCAGACCCGCAGCGCGAUGGCCGAGGAAUGCAUAACAGCAGGUGGUGUUAUGGAUGUGAAUACUGCACUUCAGGAAGUGUUGAAAACUGCAUACAUCCAUGAUGGCUUGUGUUGUGGUCUCCGGGAGGCUGUCAAGGUACUGGACAAGCGACAGGCUCACUUGUGUGUCCUGGCAGCCAAUUGUGAUGAAGCACAGUAUGUUAAAUUGGUAGAAGCACUCUGUGCUGAGCAUGGGAUCCACCUGAUGAAGGUUGAUGACAACAAGAAGCUUGGUGAGUGGGUAGGUCUUUGCAAAAUAGACCGAGAAGGGAAGCCCCGCAAGGUUGUAGGCUGUAGCUGUGUUGUUGUCAAGGAUUAUGGGAAAGACUCUCAAGCCAAGGAUGUCAUUGACAAUUAUUUCCGAGGAAAGUGAUAUAUUUCAUAAAUAAAAAGAAAAGUUUAA